CUGCGCAUGCGCCCUGAGUAAGAUGGCCUAAAGUCUCAGGCCAUAGAUUUCCUCAAACUUUCUGGAGCCUCUUUUACAUAUCUCUUACUGAGAUAGACUGGAUAUUAAUAGGCUAUCUGUGCUUGCAAACAGAAACAAACUCUGUAAGUACGCGUAAACCGCGACUGACAACUCUCCUUGACUACGAACAUGUACUUCUCCGUCGUUCUUUCUCUGCUCACUGUGGUCUCUUUUACCUCGGCUCAAAGCUUACCUUCUUGUGCUUUGCAAUGCAUCACAUCCGCCGAUACUAGUGGAUGCGGCGGUACAACUGACACUGCGUGCUUGUGCAAGGAUCCAACCUUCGUCAAUUCCACCUUCCAAUGUGUUCAGGCGAAGUGUCCCAGCAGCGACGUCUCGACUGCUCUCUCUGCUGCCCAAAUGCUUUGUGCCGGAGCGGGUGUUUCUGUUUCCCUUCCUGCAAGUUCGGCCGCGACUGGGACCUCUAAUGUAUCUAACUCGAGUGCAUCUCCCACCCCCACGUCCCAAAAAUCUGCUAAUGGGGCUUCGGCUUCAGCAGUCAACAUCAUCGCUGGCUUAAUCGGUGCCGGUGUUGCUGCGUUGGUACUCUGAUUUCUUGGGCCCAAUGCCUGGAAACACCGAUACUGUAGCACGGAAUCAUGUCGACGGACCGUUUCGAAUUAUCGUAAUCAGAACCGGAAAAAAGAGUGUGAUACAGAUGAAUCCCCUAUAAUGCAUAUGUCCGAUAAUGCAUACUUUCCAAAAAUGCAUUGAUUUUCGGCUUCACCGA